AUGACUUCCCUAAUGUCGUUCCUCUUUGACGCGACACCAAGACCCGGGCUGCAGCCUGUUCCAAACACGAAACCCUUGACCUUCGAGGCUGCUGUACUACCGCCCAUCAUAUACUUUCUGGCACUACUAUUCUUACCACCUCCACCACCGCAGUCCAUCGAUACCAUCGCAGUCAAACUACUCCGCAAUGCUCUGGCUCUUCUAGCUGGAAUUUUGUUCUUCCGGCUGCCUUUGGCCUACUACGUCCCGCAGAGUAUCGGGCUUAACUACCAGCUCGCUCUUGUUGGUCUAUAUGGCGGUUGCAGAGUCCUAGAUGCUUUCUUCAUCAGUCCCUAUGGUUUUGGGCACAUUCCUCGUCGUGUUCGUUAUAAGCACAUCUCUCGAGCCCAAACGCCUUUGCCACUAGACGUCGACAAUGAGCUACAAAACUCAGCCAAAGAUGCAGCCCAAACUGUUGGCGAGGAAUCAACUGUUCCUGAAGCUGUUUCUGAUGCUGCUAGCUAUGCUCGCCGCGGGUCGCUAGCUGACUCGUACUUCAUCCUCGAAAAGAAACUUUCCAACCUCAGCGAGAUGAAGCCCGUGUACGAAUUGGCAUCGAGCGAAGAAGGUUGGCCGCACAAUUUUAUGGAUCGUGCUUCCUGGGCUCUUGAGCUCGAAACCAGCAUGCGAGGUAUUGGCUUCACCUGGACAACAGCUGACGUACGCCACACUCGCAAGACGUGGCUGCCAACUGCCACUAAUCGUCUCCAUUCCAUCUUCUUCCAUGUUGGCCCUGUCUUGGCCGUCUGCUUUGCUAUCAUUAGGACCACUUAUGUGAAUUACUUCGAGGGAGUGCCUCAAGCAGAAUUCGGCGUUCACACCGAGAAUCUCUUCGACAGCCGUCUACCUCUAUGGCUGCAACUUGUCUUGACUGCCGCUCUUGGUGCUUUCCUUAUGGCUGCAUUCUCUGUGGCACACUCCAUGGCUGCCAUUUUGAUGAGCCCUCUAGCGCCUUCGCCGCUUGCAUACUUCCCGCCUCUGUACAGCACUCGCAUAUGGGACAUUAAGUCUGUGCGAGGUUUCUGGUCCUAUGGUUGGCACAGACUCUUUGCUCGGUUGUUCUUGGUGUAUGGCGUUUGGCCUGGAGAGUGGCUUGAGAGGAAGCUCACAGGCAAAAGAAGCGACGAGCCAGCAGAUGUUGGCAAGGUGCUUGGCGGAUUCAUCUCUUCUGCUUUUGUUCAUUCAUUUGCGGUCAGAUCAGUGCUAGGCGGCGAGUGGAGUCGCGCACUUGGAGAAGCCAAGUUCUUUGCUGCCAACGGACUUGCUGUAGUAGUCGAAGAGGGUGUUCGCCGACAAGUCAUGUCUUGGAGGAAGAAGAGAAAUCUACCAUUGGAAAUGUGGUAUGAUUCUUACAUUGGUCGUGUUUGGUGGAUCACUUUCCUAUUGUUCAGUGGCAGAAACUUUGCAAGAGGUUGGGUGAAUGCUGGCCUGGUCAGAGAAAUGGCUGGCAAGUAG